AUGCUAUUCACACGAAAACACAAGGAGGAGGAGGCCGGCUACCCAGCCGUCCCCGACUCCCUCCGCUCCGACUCGGUCGAGCUGUCUGAGCUUAGAAAGACGCAGAUGGCUCGCGCCGACACAGCGCCCACCUUCACCCCCUACCUCAGCCUCCGUUCCAGACUUUCGCAAGUAUGGAUCAACCGCUGGACUAUUCUUCUUCUUCUCGUGCUCGUACGAGUCCUUCUCAUGGUCGCCGGCGUUGAUGAGGAUGUGGAUGAAGCCAACCGCAAGGCCCUCUCGGCUUGCACAAAGGUUGAAGACGUCGGCAGCGCCAUGGCGUCGAUGCCUCAUUACCUUUCUGUCGGCGUCAACGAGCUGUCCGCACAGGGCAUCGAGAAGACCCUCGAUGGGCUUGUCGCCGUGCUUGGCCUUCUCCUCACCGGCAUCCAGGGUCUCAUCCUCUUCGUCAUCAACAUGGUCACCUCCAUGUACGUCUGCCUGAUCGCGGCGUUCGUUCACGGCGGUCUCGAUGUUGCUUCCGACGUCACCGAAAAGGUGACAGACCUCAUGAACAGCGCCAUCAGCAAGAUUACCGAUACCCUCGAGUCCCGCGCCAAGAAUAUCGAAGACGGCAUCAACAAUGUCAAGAGCAGCAUCGAAGAUUCGUUCAUCGGCGGCGUCUUCCCUGACUUCCCGGACCUUGACCUAUCUGGCCCUAUCGGCGACCUCAAGGACAUCAACAUCAACACGGAUGGUCUCGUCAGUGAUCUGGACGAACUGAAGGACGAUCUACCCACCUUUAGGGAAAUCCAGAACAUGACAGCUGAGGCGAUCGCCAUCCCCUUCAACCUGCUGAAGGAGACCAUCGACGACGCCUACAAGGAUUAUCGGUUCGACCGUUCCGUGUUCCCCGUCGCCUCGAAGCAGGCGCUGAACUUUUGCUCGGAGAACAAUACCAUUUCCGAGUUUUUCGACAAGCUCCGCCACCUCGUACGCACAGCGCGCACCAUCUUCAUCGUUGUCAUCACGGUGCUUGCCGUCUUGUGCAUCGUGCCAAUGGCCUGGUUUGAGAUCAAGCGAUGGCGCCGCCAGCAGCAGCACGCCAAGAUUGUCGGCGACCACACGUACGACUCGAUGGAUGUCAUUUACAUCGCCUCGCGCCCGACGACUGCUUCAUGGGGCAUCAAACUCGCCUCCCGCUUCUCGGGCAAGCGUCAGAUUCUCGCGCGCUGGGCCUUUGCAUACGCGACGUCUCUCCCUGCGCUCUUUGUGCUUUCUCUCGCGCUCGCCGGCUUCUUUGCCUGCUUGUGCCAGUUUGUCCUGCUCAAGGCCAUCGAACGCACCGUGCCGGAGCUGGCCAACCAAGUCGGCGAAUUCGCCGAGGACGUUGUCGGCAGCCUGGCUGCGGUAUCCAAGGAGUGGGCUGAUGGCGCCAACGGCGUGGUGCUCUCGACCCAGGAUGAUAUCAACAACGAUCUUCUCGGCUGGGUGAGAGAGGCCACAGGCUCGGUCAACGACACGCUCAACACGUUCACCGAUGGCAUGGCGACUGGUCUCGAGACGGUUUUCAACGGCACAAUCCUCAUCAAGCCCAUCAAGGACGUCAUCUUCUGCACGAUCGGUCUCAAGGUCGAGGCCGUUCAGAAGGGGUUGACCUGGGUGCACGAUCAUGCCAAGGUCACCCUUCCCCAGUUUGCCAACGACACUUUCAGCAUGGGUGCGCAGGAGUCGAUCGGCGAUGACUCUGAUCUCACGACCUUCCUGGCCACGCCGUCUUCUGUCACGACCGACGAGGUGACAGGCGCCGUCCAGUACGUCGUGGACAAGAUCCGCAGCCACAUCGUCACCGAAGCACUCAUCUCCACCGGCAUCCUUCUCGUUUAUGUCAUCAUUGUUCUCAUCGGUGUGAUCCGCGCGCUCGUCGGCAUGGCCAUGCCAGACAAGGGACGCGGCGAGGGCGGCAUGCGAUACACGGGCGACGCCAGGCCGCCGCUGACGCCCCGUGAGGCGGCGCACCACUCGGACGAGCGGUUCCCCCAUUUUGGCAGCGAAGCCUCAGCGGUGGGCCGAACGGACGAUGACAAUUACUACGCGCGCGAGGCCGAGAACGAGAAGUAUGUCUCCAAGGUGGCGGGCGGCAGGGCACAGGCGAUGACCUCGCCCAAGAGGAUAAGCUCCUAUGGGCAGUUUGAAGGGUCAGGCAACAAGUUCUGA